GCCGACGGUGACUCGUCGCGUGUCGCCCAGUCUCUCACCGACCUCGCGCCCGUCAACGUCGUCGUCGUCGUCGUCGUCUUCGUGCCGCCGCCGUCGCCGUCGUCGUCGUCGUCGUCGCUCGCCGUCGCCGUCGUCGUCGUCGCCGUCGUCGUGCUGGUGGUGUUGUGCUCUUUACUACGGUGUUAGACGUGCGCCCGUCAAAUCGCUCGUGGUUUUCAUUCACGCCGAUCAUCGUCUGCUAAUCGUGUUUGCCUUUUUUCGUUCUCGCUGUCAACGCACACCCUUCGUAUAUACAUAUAUGUGCAACUGAUUGGCGUAGACAAGUUAACGGAGAUUAAACAAGAAUCGAACGAGAUUUAUCAUGGAUCACUGAGAAAACCGGCACACAGGCGUGAAGUUGGCGGAAGCUGACCGGUGACACACAAAGUGGACUCGGUUUGUUAUUCCGUCCCGUUGCUGGUCCGCUAUCGUGCUCGUUUAUUCGACAAAGAUCUCUGUUUAUCUCGAUUCCGAUCGAUUCCCCGUCACAGGAUAUCGAGAGGUGUCAACUGUCCAUUGUUGCCGUGUGUGUACACGCCUAUAAACGCGCGCGUCCAGUUUUCGGAGAAACGUGCAGGAAAGCUGUUUCUGCCGGUCGAAGUGUUCGUUCUAUUGGCGAGUCUGUUUCUUAAGAAAAUGUCGUCGCUGCGAACGCAGUCGACCGGCGGUGGCGUCCUCGGUUUAAGUAGCGUCGGUUCAGAUCGUACCGGUGCCACCUCGACCGCUGCCGGUUCUCAUUCGCAUUCGCACAGGAAGCACCAUCAUCAUCACAGAAGCAGAAGCGCGCCCAGAGCGCCGGAAAAACCACCGAGGAAACGUCAUCUUAAUCCUGGCCACAGCCUCGCUUCCAUUCCCAGCCAGAUUAAGCUGUCGAUGCUGAACAGCGGCCUCAUCUCCUUCGCCACGGAGGAACUCGGUAGCAGCAUGAGCACCACCCUGCCGUCCGCACCGACCGAACUCUCGCAAUUCCCCAAGCUUUGCGAGCUACGUCGAAAGUUUCCUGUUCUGUACCGCGUCGAGUUUCAGACGGCAACGAAGGUGGAGACGCAUUCGUGUAGACAUGCCACGAAACCAGCCAACAAGGAAAAGAACCAGAACCAAAGGUGUAUUCCUUAUGACUACAACAGGGUGGUUUUGGAUCCUGUGGAAGGCGAGCCUGACUCCGAUUACAUCAAUGCCUCUUACGUAGAUAGCAUACUGAAACCGAACGCAUACAUCGUGACACAGGGACCCAUGGAGAACAGCGUGACGGAAUUCUGGCGGAUGGUUUGGCAGGAGAAAGCCUGCUGUAUCGUGAUGCUAACGAAAACCUUCGACUUCAUCAGGGUGAUGUGCGUCCAGUAUUGGCCAGCGAGCAAAGACAAGGACGAAGAAUAUGGCGGUAUCGGUGUGUCCGUGCUGAAGGAGGAAGAGCUGGCCAAUUUUCACAUACGGACGAUAAGACUUUACAAGAAGAAUAACAAUGACGAAGUUACGGAAGAACGAACAUUAUUGCAAUUCCACUACACAGAAUGGCACUCGCAUACUUGUCCAUUCGGAAACGCGGUUUUAGAGUUCCGUCGACGCGUGAGAGCGGUAGUCGGUUCCACCAUAAAGAACGAGUCCGGACCUAUGGUGGUCCAUUGCAACGACGGUGGUGGAAGAUCAGGCGUGUACCUGGCGAUAGAUGCGAAUAUGGAAUUGGCCGAGGAAGAAGAUGCUUUCGACGUGUUCGGCUAUUUGAAAAAGUUGCGGCAAAGCAGAAGAGGACUUAUCGAGAACUUGGAACAAUAUAAAUUCGUGUACGACACGCUGGAGGAGUUUGUUGUGUGUGGCACCUCGUGGUUUCCGGUCUCGGAAUUGUCGCAACGUCUUAAGCAGAAGAGCAUAAAAAAUCCAAUAACUAAAAUGAAUGAAUAUCAGCGGGAAUAUCAGCAAAUUUGUAAGCAGACGCCGCGCUUUACGAUCGGAGAUUGCGCUGGAGGCCACAGGGCUGAUAACAGGGAAAAGAACAGAGAUGUGUUGGUUGUGCCGCCUGACAACUUCCGACCAUACCUCACCAGCUUCCAGGGUAACAGUUACACUGACUAUAUAAAUGCUGUCUUUGUGGACGGUUACACGAAGCCCAGGGAAUACAUCGUUACGGAAUGGCCUCUUCGACACACGUGCGGUGAGUUUUGGUCCCUGGUUUACGAUUACGAGUGUUCAGCUGUGGUGGUACUCUGCGUACCUCCCCCAGGCUCCACCAACUUCCCCAGCUUCUGGCCCGAGGGAAAACACUCCAAGAAAUACGGACCCGUUUUUACGAUUGAUCACAUCAGUCACAACCACUACACGAACAUCAAGACCUGGAUUUUUAGGAUAAACAAGAAAAUCGUGUCACUGACCGAGCUGAUGGCAGGCGUGAAAGCACCACCGAAGACGGUUCAAUUGUUCCAACUGACGUGUUGGCCUAUGGGUCACAAAGUUCCAACGUCGACAAACAGUCUGGUCGAGUUGAUGAAUAUGGUGGAGAGGUGGAGGCAACGAACCGACUAUGGACCGGUCGCUGUGGUCUCCCCAGAUGGCAGAAGUCGUUGCGGUGUAUAUUGCGCCGCAAACGCGUGUAUAGAACAAGUGAUUCAACAUGGGGAAGUGGACAUUUUCCAAGCAGUUAAAACUGUACGCAGACAUAGACCUCAGCUUGUCGAGAACAUGACCGAAUACAAAUAUUGCUACGACCUGGUGCUACAUUACGUGCUCCACUAUCUGAACAAGGACAUGAACGAGAAAAAGUGAGAAAGCGAGUUGAGGGACGAGCUGUGGUUCAUUGAGUUCGGUCGCGGGGCGGCGCUGCCGU